AUGGAUGGCCAGCUAGGAAUCCAGCAGAUACUUGAGAGGCCGAAAGUCACCUUGACUGGCGUCACCGAGACAUUGCUCAUCCCGCUCCUCGGCCGAGCUGCCGAUGCUGCCACCGAGCGCCCUAUUCUAGGGGACCGCUACGCGAAGGGCGUUCUGGAGAAGCUCGACUACGAUUUCGGCAAACUCCCCAUGCCACCCACUCAUGCCGGCGGUGUCGCCUUGCGCGCCCGUUUCUAUGACCGAUGGACUUCGGCAUUCCUAUCGUCUCGUUCUCAUACCACGGUCCUGCACCUAGCCUGUGGCCUGGACAGUCGCAACCAGAGGAUUGAGUGGGGGCCGAAUGUACGCUGGAUCGACAUCGACCUCCCCGACGUCGUCGACCUGCGUCGCCAGGUGCUGCCCACAUCGCUCCCUGGUCAGGAUUACCGGCUCGUCUCUGCCGACGUCACCGACGAUGCCUGGUUGAAGGAAAUCCCGACCGAUCGACCAGUCGUCGUAGUCAUGGAGGGCUUGUUGUCGUACCUGGAGCCCGAGGAUGCGACGGGUCUGCUGAAACGUCUCGUCGAGACAUUCCAGGAGGGCGAGCUGCACUUCGACUCGAUGAGUGCCAUGCUCCUCAAGGAAGGCAACAAGCAAACCAAGAUGGCGGUAAGCAAGACCGGGGCGAAGUUCAAGUGGGCGGUCGACGACUUGAAGGAGAUUGAAAAGAUCCAUCCCCAUUUACGCAUGCUCGAGGCCAUCCGCUACAUCGAAGCCCCCGGGGUCGAGGAGCUCCCUAUACUGAGUCGCAUCGGGUAUUACAUGUUGUCUUGGAUGCCUAGCAUGCGGGAUAGUGUGCGGUUUGUACGGUUUGGAUUCUCGGAUGAUGUGAAGGAGGGGAAUUCUUGUUAG